AUGGCCAAAUCAGCAAGAGCAAGCCGCAUCAAGAAGAACAACCAAGCGCUCAAAAAGCGUGUCUUCGAUCCCGUCGAGACAGCCCGCAAUGAACGACUCUCGGCCAAAUUGCUCGAACUAGCCAAGGCACCCAAAGAGAAAGAGCAGGAGACGGAAGUCGAAAAGGAGGCCGAGGGUGAGUCGAACGAGACAAUCGAAAUAUUUUGAAUGUCAAAGCUGAGAUACGAUAGGCACAGCAGAGCCAACAGACACAAAAGACGAGAAGAUGGACGUAGACGAGAACGGCAAGCCGAGGAGGAGCAACCGCGAAAUCAAGAGACAGCAUCAGGUCAGAGCUGCUCGCAUCGUGAAGACUCAUAAGAAGCCCCGGAAUCAAAGGCAUUUCCCUACACACGGGAGUAAGAAGAAGGGAAGCAAGCGAUGA